UUUAUUCGAAAGUUUUGCAACUGCAUGUGUAACAUUCCGCAAACUAAUUCGACAUAUAUAAGGCAUUAGUGAGAUUUAGAUUUAACAUACUAAAAUGGAAUUAGUAAAUAGAGUUGUUAAAUUACAGCUUACAAGCUUAAGGUAUUUUUAGCAAUUAACUUUAAAUUCUCUCAUUUUUCAAAAAAAGAAAAAAAAAAUUAAAUUCUUCAGCACUCUGCUUUCAGCCGCCGGCGCCAUGAGAUCUGCGGCGGAGAAGCUCCGCUUCUUCCACCGGAGUUCAUCGCUCAGUUUCUUAUCUCCACGAUCAGCAUUCAGACAAUUCAAGACCUCUACAUCAACCACCACGACCACCGCGGCGGCCGCCGCCAACACCAGCCCCGCCCUAACCGAGGAAGAAGUGAACCAAAUCAACGCCGUAAUCGGCCGCCUCUGCGACUCAAACCACCUGAAAGAAGCUUCCGACCUCAUCUCCGCCGCCCUUUCCACCGCCAGGCCUCCUCUCGCUUCACUCCCUCUCUCCUCUCUUAUCAGCCGCCUCGCUUCCGAGCCCGACCUCACCCACCCAAUGCACCUGCUCAACACCCUCAAAUACAACCCUAACGCAUCGGAUCCGUCGGUUCUAAUCCCCGUCGCGAAAAUGCUCCUCUCCUCACUCUUCCAAAACGGUCGGCCGAAGAUGGCCGUCAAGGUUUUCCAGUGGGUGGCGCGGCCCGAUUUCCCCGGCGGUCCGGCGGCGGACCUGGAUCUCUACGGUGUUUUGGUUAAUGGAUUUUGCAGGAAUGGGAUGAUGUUGGAGAGUCUUCGUGUUUUGAGAGUGAUGGCGGGUGAAAAUUUGGUGAUUGGGGAUGAGAUUAGGGUUUGUAUUCACAGGGGUUUGUUGAGGGAGGCUAGGGUUAGGGAAGCUUUGGAGCUGAAUGCUGCAUUGGGAAGUUAUACUCCGGGGAGUGAUGGGAGUACUUGUGUUCCAGAGAAGGUUGUCCAUUUGCUGGAUCAGAUGAUUGCAAAUUGGGUGGAGUAGAAUGUGAGGUGUUUUGCUUUAUCUCUCAUUUCCUUCUUUUUGUUAUACUUUCUUUCAAGUUUCAUCUUAGCUGGUUGAGUAUUCUUGAUGAAAUUCAAAAAUUCUGUAAAUUAUUCCAACUCCAAGGCUGCUUAACUUUGAUGUUUAAGCAGUUUUUCAAAGUUAAACUUUUUGUAGAUUGUGUGACUCCUUGCAGCUUUGAUAUACUUGAUUAAUGUAGGUGGAGACCGGUUUGAAUAUUUACACUUUUAAUUUUUCUUGCAGAAGUUUGAAUUUGGUACUUGGUUAAAUCAUGUUUAUAUCUGUACCCACAAAAAUAUUAUGAGCUAUCUUGAAAUACAAGAUGAUGCUCAAACUAUUGUAGAGCUAAUAAAUCCAAUUGUUUGAUUCUGAAAAGCAAAGUUUGUUUUAUACAGUUUGUACAUGACCCAAGUUGUAAAAAGGGGCCCCUUUAAACCAAACGUGAUUGCAAGAAAACAACAAAUUUAGGGAUAGGGCUUGCAGUUGAUAAGGCUCAAUAUUCACCACUCCUGCUUCACACCUCACUUAAUUACACAGUUCACACUUCCUGCCUGCUUCAUCGUCUCAGCUCAACUAUGGCGUCCGUUUCUGCCAAUUUUCUUUGCGCAAGAACUUCAGUUCGUGUGCCUCCCAACCAGAUGAUGCUGAGCAAGAGUUUACGGUUGGCGACAGUUGGUUGGGGGAGGACACCUGGUUUCCCUCGUCUCGCAACUUCGCGCUUCCAAAUCACUUGUGCUGCAAAGAAAGAAACAGUGGACAAAGUGUGUGAGAUAGUGAGGAAGCAGCUGGCAUUGCCUGCUGACAAGGAAAUCACCCCUCAGACUACUUUCACAGAUCUUGGAGCUGACUCCCUUGACACUGUAACAACCCCAUUCUCUCUCUUUACACACAUUUAUGCUCCUUUUUCUAAUAAACGUCUCGUGCUGAGAGGUCGUGCUGGUAACUGUAAAUUUAUGCGGGAAUUACACUCGAAUAGAAGUCAUUUGACUACUUGUAGAUGUAGAUUUGUCCUGGAUUUGGAAACGAACUCAAAUUUGUUAGAGCAGUAAUACUUUCCUAUCGAGUGUGAGAUGUUUAUGAAAACACGAGCUUGCAACGGCAUGUGAGUAUGUGGUUUUUGAUUUGCAGGUGGAAAUAGUGAUGGGGCUGGAAGAAGAGUUUGACAUCACAGUGCAAGAGGAUAACCAAGACAACAUAACCUGCAUCCAAGAAGCUGCUGAUCUCAUUGAACAGCUUGUUGCCAAGAAAUCUUGAAGCCUUCUUACUUAUAAUAUAUCUCAACUUAGGAUUAUGAGAUUAUGAUGAUUAUUUCAUGGGGAUUUUUUUUUUUUUUUCUGAUGAGAUUUAAUUAUGUUUUCGUUAUGAUUGGAUUUUUGCUCAUUUUGCGGGGGAAGAAAGAAACUAUUUUAGUUUGGAUUUUGCGGUAUUUAUAAUAUUGCAGUUUGGGACA